AUCGAAAUGGAUUUUAUUUUCAAAUAUUCCGGUGGUUUUAUGAUACAAAAAGCUCUACGUAAACAAUUCCUUUUACACCAAAUCCCCGUUUCCUUUCUGAUUCUCAUUUCUCCUCUCGCUCUAAAUAUGCAUGCCUAUAAUAUAGCAUAUGUUAGUAUCGUUAUUCCAUUUAUUAUUUUUGUCGCUUGCCUCCGUGCAAAACAACGACAAAAUCAAAGAAAACAACUAAGGGCAUUGAUAGCAGCGCAGAAUAGGCCGAAUGCUGUAUAUGUCGUAACACAUCAAGCAACAGGAGGAAAUGGGAUAAACAGCCCUCAAGUCGUUGCACCCCCCCAUGACACGAGAUAUGUUCAGAGACCACCACCUUACAUUCACUCAAAUACGAAUGCACAGACUAUGAGUUUUGAGAAUCCAAAUUUUCGUCCCAGCUACCAAGUGUCUGUUAAUCAAGAAAUGGUAAUCCAUGCAAUAUAAACCGGCCACAAUACAGGGCACUGGAAUCACUCCAAAGACCUCCCCUUAUAAUUAAUUUUCUCAUAAUUGAACUAAACAACAUUGUACAACUAUUCAUUGUGCAACUAUCCAUUUGUACGUGAAUAUAAUCAUUACGGGAAUAAUAAUAGUAAUAAUGAUGAUAA